AAGCCUGAGCAGGCCGGGCUUGGGUCGGCGGUGCCGCCCGGGGUUUGUGGUUGAGGCCGGGUCUCCGCCGCUGGGCCCGGGAAGAUGGUGCUGGGUGGUUGCCCGGUGAGUUAUUUACUUCUCUGCGGCCAGGCGGCUUUGCUGCUGGGGAAUCUUCUUCUGCUGCAUUGUGUCUCUCGAAGCCACUCGCACAACGCUACCGCCGAGCCCGAGCUCACGUCCGCUGGCGCCGCCCGCCCGGAGGGCUCCGCCGGCGCCCCGAGCUGGGAGUAUGGCGACCCCCACUCUCCAGUCAUCCUUUGCUCUUACCUACCUGAUGAAUUUAUAGAAUGUGAAGACCCAGUGGAUCAUGUUGGAAAUGCAACCGCAUCCCAGGAACUUGGUUACGGUUGUCUCAAGUUCGGUGGUCAGGCCUACAGUGACGUGGAACACACUUCAGUCCAGUGCCGGGCCCUAGAUGGAAUUGAGUGUGCUAGUCCCAGGACCUUCCUACGAGAGAAUAAACCUUGUAUAAAGUAUACCGGACACUACUUCAUAACCACUUUACUCUACUCUUUCUUCCUGGGAUGUUUUGGAGUGGAUCGUUUCUGUCUGGGACACACUGGCACAGCAGUAGGGAAGCUGUUGACACUUGGAGGACUUGGGAUUUGGUGGUUUGUUGACCUUAUUUUGCUUAUUACUGGAGGGCUGAUGCCAAGUGAUGGCAGCAAUUGGUGCACUGUUUACUAAAAAGAGCUGCUGUUAUGGCCCAGAGAGGCAAGUCUUCUGAAUUCAUCUCUACAGGCUCAGAACUCUUCCUUGAUAUCAGAAACGACCAUUACUUUCCCUCUUUGGACAGAAUGAGUUUGGUUAGGAAGGUUUCUUUGGACUGGAUUUUCAACCCAAAUUUUACCUUGCAGACUAGAAAUGACAAGCAAACAGUAUUGUGGGAAUCAAGUUUGUACCUUUCCUCGUGUACAAAAUACAAAGGAGAGUGACUAACUUAUAAGCUGCAGAAGGGUUUCCAUGCUCUUUAUUUCUGUACAUUGCUGUAUCUUCAGUCCUUUGGAGCAAGUGGACCCAACAGGAUGAGCAAAGUGAAUAUUUUUAGCCUUGCGCCUUUUGUGACCCUGAGUCUUCUUACAGAAGAGAUCUAAAGCUGAACCGAUAGAAAUCUUCAGCAGAAGUAGAAAUGGCCAUGGAUUUUAAUAUACACUGAAAUUCUGACUUUCUGAAUUUAAAUUGCAGAAUAAAUUUUGCCAACCUGGAAUGCUGUUUGGAUAUUUUCAAUAGGUAGACUGAAACUCAAAAUUAAAUCUGUUUUGCUAAAGGCUAGGCGUUUGAAAUGAACCAUCCUAUUAAUAAAUGCUUUUGUUUCAUAAUUAUUAUGCUCGAGAGGCAAUAUAUACAGUACAAUAAUUUCUUCAUUCCAGUUAUGUUUUGAAAGCCAACGGUAUCACACAUGGGUAAACUAUCCUCUUGACAGAAUUUUCCUGUCUAAAAAUUUGUAUUUACCAGUUUAGAGAGCCCAUGUUGUACGCUGGUAAAAAAAGAUUUCAUACAAGUAACUCUAAAACUAUUAUUCACGAUUAGGUAAGAUAAGAUGAGGAGCCUCAGGCCCUUGGAAAGGAAAACAGACUCUUACUUAAAGGAUAUUAGUACUGAGUGCUGGGUAGAGUUAGGAUGUGAUUUAUGGGGACAAAGAGAAACUGAACAUAUUCUGUCAAAAUAAGCAUGGUACCAGAAGCUCUCACUGUGGACUACAGCAGUCAUUCACAGGGAAAGAGUAACAAUCAAGCUUUUGCAUUCCAAAAUCACUGGGAAUAAAAGGAAAUGUUCCAAAUUAUAAGUGGUUUUAAAAACUUCGUUCCCAUCCUUUACAAUCUAAGUUGAAAAGAACUGUUAAAUAUAAAGUAAAAGGAGGACUUUGUGGGCAAGUCAAACUAAGCCUGCUAUUUGGGAUAACUUAUAAAUUCUAGAAACAAUCAAGAUAGAACUACUCAAAGUGUAGUCUCAUAAUAAUUAACUUAAAGACCAAGAAUCACAGUUAAAAUAACUCUGCAAAUGCUCUAUCAUUAUGAAGCAGCUUUCCUAAAAGUUUCAGGUUUAUUAUCCCUGAUUAAUAUGAUCACUGUUCUUAUAUUAUUAAAUGGUGACAAUUGUGUAAAAGGUAAAACAGAUUAUUUUCUGUCCAGAAAGUUCUGUACCACAUUGACCUUAACCUUGUUAAUAACAGCAAUAAUUGGUAGAUUCUUAUUCAUACUGUCUUUACUCUAAGACAGUAUUUUUUAAACUGUUCUGAGUCAUGAAGAAACUGGACCCUCUCCCCAGAAAAAUGCACAUACACAUAACAUUUUGCAUAGAAUUUAAGGGGGUUCAAGGAUACCAUAUUAAAAAAAAAUAAACUCACUUCUAAGAGAAAUCUGGAAAACAAAAACUAAAAUUAAAAUCUUACCCAAGAUAAGAUACUAUGUUAAGGCACAAAUCUUGCCUCAUCUCACCAUUUUUUUUAAUCUUCUUAAGGAUAUUCACAAACCCCAUCAAACACUAUUUUCUUUAAAAAAAAAAAAAGAAAAAAAAACUUUGGCAGCUUUCAGACUCAAAAUCAUUAACAUUUCUAGGAGGAAGAGUUUGGGUAAAAAGGUAAAAGUCUAAGUUAUUAAAGUAUGUGUUUUAUAGAAGCACUUCUCACAGUAAAAAGCUGUAGGAGACCAAAGUUGUUUCCACUGCUAGAGUGAUAACUUGAGCAUCUUUGAUAUUCCUCUCUGGCAAUCGACAUUGUCAGUUUCAAUUUGACUGCUAAAUGAUGCCCAUCCUCUGUAUCCACAAACCCUGGCCAAAUGUGAUACAACCUCAAAAACUGAUGUAGUAAAGGAAUAUUAUUAAAAAUUUGAGGGGCCGGCCCAGUGGUGUAGUGGUUAAGUUCACGUGCUCCACUUCAGUGGCCUGAGGUUCCCCAGUUCAGAUCCUGGGAGCGGACCUAUGCGCCACUCACCAAGCCAUGCGGAGGCAGAGUCCCACAUAGGGCAACUAGAAGGAUAUACAACUAUGACAUACAACUAUCUACUGGGGCUUUGGAGAGAAAAGGAAAAAAGGAGGAAGAUUGGCAACAGAUGUUAGCUCAGGACCAAUCUUCCUCAAAAAACAAAAGAAUUAGAAAUUUGAUUUCCUUUCCACUCUGGAUUCAGGUUGUUUCUUAAUAUUUGGUAGAUAGAUCUAUGGUGUGUGUGUUUGUGUUUGUGUUAUAUCCAGUUUGUGGCUAUAGAGAAGUUUUAAAAUACUAAAGGAUCCUGUCAAGGUUAAAUGAGAAACUGUGCCUGUUUUUCAGUUGUUUCCUAUCUUUAAAUAAAAUUUUAUCAGCUCCCCAGA